AUGGCAACUACUACUACUCUCGACGAAUUAGUGGAUCUUCUCACCCCACCACCACGACCCUCCGCUCAAAUCCCUCGCCAAAUCUCCAGCGGUACCGUAGCAUUCGGAAUCAUCCCGGAUCUAGCUGAUGCAAGUACAUGCAUUGAUCUGGUUGGAACUGGAAAGACCGAGGCAGCUGAUCUCAUUCAGGUCGGCUUGAACGACCAGGUUUCGAUGUUCUUCUGGAGAAAAGUUGAUCUUAAUAUGGGAGCCAUUGAGGUAUUUGAAGAUUCUGAUUUCAAAGGUAGACGUUCGACCAUAUUUUUCAGCGAGUGGCCUGCCAAUGUUAAGACGCUUCAAGAUCGACAGACGGCUAUAUUGUACGAUGCAGCAGACGGCACUGGAAUUUCAUAUGAUAAUAUCAAGGGCUGGGGUACCACAAAAGAGAUAGCUAGACUUUCGGACGUUCACCUCAACGACGUAGUAAGCUCUUUCAAGUGGCAGAGUGUUAAUCCUGUAAAAGAGGUUAUCAAGCCUUUUAACGUCACUGCUUCCAACUCAUCGGACGAGGGAGGUCUUACCUCUCAUGUCGACGGAACAAAUGAUACCUCCCAGCCACAAGCCGUCACCGUAACACUUCGCAAUUCCACCACUCAGAUUGUCACUGUCGAGACCUCUGAUAAACGCGUCACUGGCAUAAUAACAAGCUUGACCCAGACAGCCAGUGUAAGAGUUGAAGGGAUAGCUUCUGCUUCAACUCAAUGCCAAACGAAGACAGUCGAACUCUCGGUUGCGCAGACUGUAAAUGCACCGGCAAGAACUAGCUACGUUGCUACUUUGCUAGUGAUUAUCGGGACGAUUCCUACGACUGAAUAUUCCACCACUGCUGAGCGUUGGUACAAAGAUCCAGUUACUGGAUCCAAGGCAGAUCCUCAGAAUAACGGCUGGUAUAAGAGGGUGGAAGAUGUAAGGCUUACCCUAACAGGUAGUUUGGCGUGCAGAACAAAGGUGAACAUCAAGGCUACACCGUUUUGA